CGAUGAUGGGGCUGUCGAUAUUUUCUUGACUAUCGAUGGUUGUUAAUGAGACCAUGCAUGGUGUUGCAUUGGUAUAUUCUUAUAAGUGCCGUUAAUAUACAUACAUACAUAAAUACAUACAAGCAAUACAGAUAUUUUGAUACAAAUUUUUCAACUUAAAGUUGGCGUAGAGUUUUUAUGAAUUUAUUUAAAAUUGUUCACACUCGAAAUCUUACAACUGGCCGCACGCUCGAUCGGCUGGCGGGCGUGCCGGAAGACAAGCUGGUCGAGGCCCAUGGCAGCUUCCACACCAACCACUGCAUUAAGUGCCAAAAGGAAUACGGCAUUGCCUGGAUGAAGAAGGAGAUAUUCGCUGAUCGGCUGCCCAAAUGCACGGCAUGCAAGAAAAUUGUGAAGCCCGAUAUUGUUUUCUUUGGGGAAGACUUGCCCGAAAAGUUCCACAAAAGUUUGGAUGGAGACUUCAAGGAGUGCGAUCUGCUGAUCAUCAUGGGCACCUCGCCGGAAGUGCAUCCGUUUGCAGCUUUGGUGCAGUACCCUGGACCGCGCUGUGUGCGUCUCUUGAUCAAUCGCGAUGCCGUGGGUCGUCCCAAGUUUACCACCUGAAUGGAUGACCAAAAUGACGAUUUUCUGCGGCAA